GGUGAAUCGGCCGCACUGUUCUCCAAACUGCGUAGCUUCUCCAUCGGCAGUGGCCCGAAUUCGCCACAGCGUGUAGUCUCGAAUAUACGCGGUUAUCUAUCGCAUCGCCUGAGCAAUAUCACACCAAGCGAUACAGGUUGUACAGACGGUUGCCAACAAUUCGACUAAAAUGCAAAAAUAUGCCAUACAACCAGUGUAGAGUGGAGAGAGAAAAGCUCAUGAGCGACAAGCCACAAGCAGCGGUCACAAAACAGAAGUUUGACGAAAGCAACGCUAAGCCAACACACAUACAAACUCAAACACACACACCACUAAGGAAACGAAUACACAAUGUGCCUGUUAGUAACAACAACAACAACAAGAACGACAAAAACAACAAAACUAAAUAAUAACAGAAGCAGCAAAGUGAACGAGAGAGCGCAACUUACCAACUAAUGUAAAAGUUUUUACAUUCCAAACCGACACGAGUGGCGAGGGAAACCCACAAAAGUUACAAACAAGCAUACAAACAUACAGAACCGGUGAAAUGCAACAAAAAUGAGAUUAAAAGUUCCGAAACUAACUGCAAACGUUUGGACUAAUUAUAAGACAACAACAAAGUACAUCAUAGCGUUUAAAAAGGGAUAGUAAGAGCGAAGCUGAGUUAAAGCAGCUAAAACUAAGGAGCACACGAGAGCAAUUAAGGAGCGAAACUCCAACCUCUGAACGCCGCAUACAGUACAAAACUAUAGCAAUACGAAGGAUAUUUAAAAAUUUUGAAAGUAUUUAACGCAAGUCCAACAAAAUGGCCGGUUCAUUUCAAAUACCGUUGCUCAAUCUGGAGCUGCGUGAAGUCAAAGAAAUCGUUUGGGAGAAAAUUCAAGAGCCGGUCAAUCAGCGCCGCCUCAUCUUGGUGAUAGUCUCGAUUGCGCUGCUGUUGGACAACAUGUUGUACAUGGUAAUCGUACCGAUUAUACCGGAUUAUUUGCGUGAGAUCGGCAGUUUCGAUGACGACACACCAACACCGCCACCAUUGCGUGAUAACCGCACCGGCAUGAUUAUACCAGUGCACCACGACCAUCAUGGACAGGACUCGGCCACCGGUAUACUGUUCGCAUCGAAAGCCAUCGUACAGUUGAUGGUGAAUCCCUUCUCGGGUGGUCUAAUCGAUCGCAUUGGCUAUGACUUACCCAUGAUGAUCGGACUGACCAUUAUGUUCUUCUCAACAGCGAUGUUCGCUUGCGGACGCAGUUAUAGUUUACUGUUCUUCGCGCGUUCGUUACAAGGUGCGGGUUCCGCAUUUGCCGACACAUCGGGAUUGGCCAUGAUAGCCGAUCGCUUUACCGAAGAAAAUGAACGUUCGCAGGCGUUGGGUAUUGCUUUGGCAUUCAUCAGUUUCGGUUGUUUGGUGGCGCCACCUUUCGGUGGUGCACUCUAUCAGUUCGCCGGCAAGGAAGUGCCCUUCCUCAUUUUGGCGUUGGUGUGCCUCUUGGAUGGCCUCAUGUUGUUGCUGGUCAUGAAACCAGUUAAAGAUCAAAUCAGACAAAGCAAAGAGGUUCAACAACAAACGAUUCCUAUAUGGCGCUUACUAAUGGAUCCAUACAUUGCGGUCUGUGCCGGUGCAUUGACUAUGUCGAAUGUGGCGUUGGCGUUCCUAGAACCCACCAUAUCGCUGUGGAUGGAAGAUAAUCUCACAACAGAGAAUUGGAAAAUCGGCAUGGUCUGGCUGCCCGCCUUCUUUCCACACGUGCUGGGCGUGGUGAUCACUGUGAAAAUGGCGAGAAAAUAUCCACAUCAUCAAUGGCUGAUGGCCGCCGUAGGUUUAGCGCUCGAAGGUUUCUCCUGUUUCCUCAUACCGUUCUCCAGCUCCUACAAAAUGCUUAUGAUACCCAUCUGCAUCAUUUGCUUCGGCAUCGCACUCAUCGACACCGCACUGCUACCGACGCUGGGCUACCUGGUGGACGUACGCUAUGUAUCCGUAUACGGCAGUAUUUACGCCAUUGCCGACAUCUCAUAUUCGAUCGCUUACGCAGUCGGGCCGAUUAUUGCGGGCGGUGUAGUGGAGGCAAUCGGUUUCACAGCGCUGAACUUCAUCAUUGCCUUCUCCAAUCUGCUGUAUGUACCCGUGUUGCGAAAACUACGUAAUAUCUACGAUUUCAAACCGUUCGAGAAUGAGGCCAACAUACUGAUGCAAGAUCCACCGAAUAAAGAGUAUCAAACCUAUGUUAUGCACGAUCAGAAGCCGGUCGAUGGUGAUUUCAAAAAUCAUCUCGAAUAUGGUCAACAGUAUCAGCAGGAGCAGGAAUCCAAUGUGGACGAUACAAACUAUGAGUACCAGCAGCAAGAUGGUUACCAGCAAAGUGGUGGUUAUCAGCAAAAUCAGGGUUACCAGCAGCAGCAAUAUCAACCGGGCUAUCAGGAGCAGGGCGGCAGUUAUCAGCAGGAAACGCGACAUCUUCCACAACAACGCGUCGCAAAUCCAUUCCAGCAUCAGCAGCAACAACAGCAGCAGCAAAUGAACGAUGGCGGCGGCGGGAGUAGAGGCCCAGCUGGCCCAGCGAAUCCAUUUAGACAAGGAUUUUAAAAUGUUGUCUUACACAAAGUUAGCGGUAAUCUAUGUUUGUUUUUAUAUCUUUGAUCGCAUAGUUUAUGUAUUUCGUUGAAUUAAUGCAAUAACAUAAAUAUGUACUUUGUUGUUGUGGCUAAUAGUUAUACUACUUAAUACCUAUACAUACAAACACAUACUAUAUAUAUGCAUAGGUGUUAAAUGAAAAAAAGCAAAAAAAUACGAGCAUAUAACCGUACAUAAUGUUGCACCUGAUAUAUCGCAGCAUACACGUACAUAUAUAUGUAUAUGCUUAGAUAUAUAUGAUAAGCAAGUUAGAUAACAGAAUCUCUAAAGUAGCUAAAUUAACCAAUGCAAAGAGCACAACUUUUGUAUUAUACACCGAAUAUACAUAGUUAUUUACAUAUAUCAUAUAGACCUAUGUAACUCUAGUUGAGUUGAAGACAUUAUAGCAUAGCAAUAACAAUGUACGCAUCAAUAUGUAUGUAUAGUUCUUGUACAGUUAAAAGUAUAGUUGGAACGCUUCUGAGCGAUUAUUGUGUGCAAGACUUUGCUUUUUACUAGUAAAUAUUCUCGAGCACAAAUUAUUAAUUUAGCGAUAACGAAUUUAUAAUUUCAUUUAUUUUUUAUCAUUAUUUAUCAGAAGAACAGCAAUACAGUUUAGAUAUUUGACGAAAGCGGUCAUGAAAGUAGCACUGAAUGACUCACGGCUGGAGUGAGUCAUAUGUUGUUCAGUGAUAUGACAUAUUCAAUGAAAUCGCUAAUAAAGCGGUUCACUGACUAAAAUAGUUUAAUCUGAAAAAAUAUUAAUUUCCGGUUGGCGCUACAAGACUGAAGUUUAGGCAGAGGAUUGAUUUCAAUCGUACCACAUCCAAUAUGGUUAACUGAGCAAAUUAAAACUGAGGAAAUACUCGAUCAAAAAAAUCACAGUGGGAUCUUUUGAUUGAAGAACAUUUUUUUUAACAUAGAUCACAUUUUUUUUUCAUUAAAAAUUUCAAGCAGAUUUAAUAGUUGUUUUCAAUUCGCCAAAUCCUUGAGAGUAAGCAAUCGUAAGACUCUCUUCACUUUUAAACAAACUGGAAGUAUUUGCUCUAACUUCUCCACGCACAGAUAAAUAGUGUUGCCCUUUCUUUAGUGGAGAAAUAUUUUUCGAGACAUUCGCAAUAAUAAAACUGGUCUAAAAUUGUCAAUAAGAUCAGUAAAGCCUAAAAGUGGUCGAAAAUGUCUAAAACUAUACUCGGUAGCAUUGAAGUUAGUCGUUACACCACAUACUCUCUCAUAUCCAACUCAACUCAUUAUAUUAGUUUUUGCCUUUUCAUAUGAAUGAAUCAAGGAAAUUACGCUCAAGUUAACGAGCAGAGAAAUGGCGAAUUGAAGAUAGCUAAUAUUUUCUGAAAACACCAAAUGCAAGUGAUCCUUGCUUAUUUGACACUACUUUAAGAUAUUACAAAAAUUGUUAAUAUCAGCUCUCUAAACGUUUUGUAUAUUCUCAAAAAGAAAAUAUAUUGAAUAUCAUUGACUCGAUCCCACGCUAACAAAAUAUUUGAUCCUUGCGGGCAAAAAACUGGCCCAAAUGGUUUUUGACAUUCUAAUUGGAGGUGAAGGUUCCCCAUCAAUAAAAAAAUUGAAGAGACCGGAACAAGUAAUAGUCCGAAGGCGCCAAGUUAGGAGAAUAUAGUGGGUAUGGUGGCAUAUCCCAUUCAAACUGCAAAAGCUUUUGGCGAGUUAUCAAACUGAGGUCUCGCAUUAUCCUAGUGGAACACUAUACUUUUUCGGUUGAUCAAUUCUGACCUCUAAUGUUUGAGUGCAUUACUCAAUUUGUCCAGCUGAUCACAAUACACUUCGGAAUGAAUCGUGGUAUUGUUGGACAAAAGUUCUCAAUAAAAGAUCUCCACACCAAACUGACAACAUAACCUUUUUUGUGAUUAUUGAGUAGACUAUCCACAUUUAAUUCAAUAGCUAUCAUUCCUUUGUGAAAACUUCAGUCAAUUUAGCCUCAAUAGCCACAUUAAGAUAUAUUAGUUAAAAAUUUCAAAGUUAGGAAAUACUCUUUUUUGUAAAUUAAAAUGGAAAAGUAUAUACCAAGAACAAUGAAGCUAGCAAAACCAAAGAUAACAAGUUAGGCAUAUGAUAAUUACAAAGAGUAGACAGAAACUGAAAUCGGAAGUUACGAGUAACAAAAACAUUAGCAUGUAUCUAUUGUAUGUAAGUAAGUACGGCAAACUAGCGAUUCGGUGCAGCAACGGCGGCACCCAACACAUGACAUCAAUAUCGCUUACAUAUCAAAAGUUGCACAAAAAUCUUUCGGGUGUCAUUGUGAAGUGCUGCUAGCGCAACGAAACGCUGGUGCGUCAUUUUAGAUUUAAUAAAAACCAAAAAAACAAAACAAUCCUCAGUUCAAUUAUGUGUUUAGUUUAAGUUUGAGGACAACAGCGGACAUUGCACGUGGACGACAUAUAUGUAGCGCAUGUCUACAUAUCAAAUCAAAGUUGACAUGCUGCUAUAGGUGGCGCCCACAAAGUCGCUGUGCCUGAUAACGAUUCUUAAACAUAAGACACAACCAAGGUAACGAUACAUAUCAGAGUCGCAUGGCUCGCCUGUUUAAAUUACCACAGUGAUAUUAAUUAUUGCUAUUUAGCCUGUAAUAUACAUGCAUACAUUUAUAGGAAAAAAACAAAAACAAAAAUAUAUACUUACAUAUAUAUAAUUAUAUAUAACUCUACAUAUAUAUAUAGAAAUAUAAAUAUAUAACUUUACUCAUGUGUAGUUUGAUAUCUCUUUGAAAUUAAGCAUACAUAAAACUAUAGCAAAAAUACUGAAUGCAUAUAUCUACACAAGGCAUAAAUAUUUUUAUUGCAAUUAUGCGCUAAACUCUGUAGUUAAUGUUUAAAUGUAUGAAUUAUCAUAUAUGUACAUAUCGUAUAUAAUAUACAAAUAUACAUAUAUCUAUAUAUAUACUAUAUGAAAUGACUUACACUGUUAUAUACACAUGACUAAUGAUAAUGAUUUUCGAUAGUGUUUACUAUGUUUAGGUGCAAAUAACUGUAAACGUUCUUCAAAUUUUUAUAUUUAAACUUUAUGAGUAAAUAUUAGCUACUUAUAGGUAUGUAAUUAUACAUACAUAUACAUAUUUAUAAAUAGGUGCACUUAAAGUGAGUGU